CUUUCGCAAUGCCACGACUGUUCAAUAAACGAGUAAAGAACAAGUGCAGUCCCUGCAAUGGAUUAUAUCUCCUCCUCCUGUGUUGCAUAUUCCUGUUGAUGGUAAUGCAAUUGCAAAGGGAGAAUUUUGAAAAGAACGACAUCUUGGUAGCUCCUCCACCGCCAAGGAUUGUCUGCAUUAUUGUGACCUAUGACUACCGGCAUCAACAUGCCGGAAUUCAUAUACUUCGAACGUGGGCCAAGCACUGUGAUCAUUUUUUAUUUGUCAGUGAUAAUAUUGAUCACUUUUUGGAGCCAGCAGUAUUUCUGAAUCUACACAACAGAUGGGAUAGGAUCAGAGCUCACCUGGAGUAUGUGCAAGGAUAUCAUAGCCACAAAGGCGACUGGUUUCUCUAUGCCAAUGAUGACAAUUUUGUGGUGGUGGAGAACCUGCGUCAGAUGUUGAGUACCUAUACCCCUGAUGAACUUAUUUAUUUUGGUUGUAAGCUAAGGACUCCCAAUGGUCUGGUCUUUAUGCACCAAGGUUCUGGCAUAGUCCUUAGUAGAGCUGCCCUCGAGGCCUUUGUCCUUGAAGCUUUGCCCAAUAGCAGCAUCUGCAGUCCUGUGAGAGUGGACAGUGAGGCCACCGAGGAACUGGGAAGAUGUCUUACCAAUGUCAAUGUCUUGGCCGGCGAUAGUCUCGAUGAGUGGCGGGGUCAUCGCUUUUUGCCCUUCGAGGCUGACUUGCAUUUGGGCGGGCAGAUGAACAAAUCCCAAGAUCGUCACAAGUAUUACUUGGAUCAUUCCUAUUACCCGGUGUUUGAUCUAAGCUUUCCAGUUUCAAGGCAAUUCAUUUGCUGUCACUUGGAGCACAUUAUGGACAUCUAUGACUUGUAUUAUUUCACUUACAAAGUUCGGAUAUUUGGAGGACAUCAGCAGGUGGAAUCUAGAUAUAAACAUGAAGAUCUAGAGGGAAAAGUAUUUUGGAAUAAUAAAGUAGCUGAGAGUUAGUAGGUUCUACAGAAGGAAUAGCUAAAUUUUUACUGGAUUUAUAAACAGUAUUCAAAAUCAAUCAAUUUUUUAUUCCUUGAAAAUAUAUUUCCAGAGAAGUUGAUACAAACUUAAUAAGUAAAAAGAAUGCUUAGUUUAAAUAAA